AUGACCCAACCAGAUGCGAGUGCCAAUGACAAAAAAAUACGGGAACUAUAUAGGUACGAUGAGAUGUCCAAUAAAGUGCUGAGGGUAGAUAGAACAUUGCACUCCCAAAAAACAGAUCCCUCAAGAGACGCCGCACUUUCUCAGCCAAGAUCAAUGGCUGGGCGCAUUUCUGUGAAAGAAAUGGGUGAUGCUGCCAAUUCUGAAGCUAAUGCAAGUGAACAGGGAAUCCAUAGAAGAGAAGUAGACCAACGUGAAGAGAGAUAUGCCUCUAAACAGAUGCCUGAGGCUCCUGCUUCUAGAGCCAUGAAUUCGACCGUUCUUGGUAGCGAUUCGCUACAACAACUGCGAUACCAUCCCUCCAACGAAGUGAAUACCAGUAGAUACGAGAAGUUGGUCCAAACGAUCUCGCAGCUACUGGGAGAUGAUAUGCCUCACGACGUAGUGCUCUCAGCUACUGAUUAUGUUCUACAAACUUUGAAGGGUGAGAAAGAAACCGGAGGAACUGGAAUGGACCAAAAGUUAUCGGAAAUUCAAGAUAAUCUCUCCGUGCAUAUAUCCCAAACAAGUUUCCACGAGAUAAUAGAAACCAGUAAAAGUAUAACCGACUAUUUCAACGCAGAGAACCAAAAUGGGGACAGUCAAGACGUUGACAGAGGCGUCGCAAUAUUGGCCAGUGAGGAUGAAAGAGAAGAAAAUGAGAGUCCCGAUGGCAAUGCUUUGAUGACAGAGCUGGAAGAAGGUGAACGGGAAGAACUAGACGUGGAAGAAAGGUCUACGGAAUAUUUAACGAACAAUGAAUCAAAAUUAAUGGAACAAGAUCAAGACUCUCAGGAUAUUGUUAUGUUCUCCAAUCAGUCAGAUAUACCAUAUAACCUAGAGGCUGAAGUCCCAAUUUUUGACGUUGACGAACAGUUUUUGUAUCGAUGCCUUUGCGCAAAUCUGAAAAAUGAUCCAGGCCAGCUUAAGACUCUCGCUGAGAGCUUGCUUGGUAUUUUGGGCAAAGACGAAGCAGAGAUAGAAGUCGAGAUUGUGAGGCAAAUUCCUUCCAAAUACAGAAAGCUUAUUGAUUUUCUGCUUGCAAACAGUAAGUCUAUAUUUUGGGGAACUCACUUAUCUCAUGCAUCAGCUGAGCGGGAAUCUGAUCUAUUAGCUCACAUGAACAGCAUUGGCCUGACAAAUUUGGUACGAGAGUACGAAGGGAGGUCAAUGAGACCCAAGAGGCGACUUAGUUCAACUGCGCUUAGCGAUGACCGCUCAGAAGAAGCAAAAGGAGAAGGUGACAAGAAGAAGCACAAGAAAUCCAAUAUUCCCGAACUCCUUAACUUACAAGAACUCUUAUUUCAUCAAGGUUCAGAAUUGUUGACUAGAGCACAAGUUACCUUACCUGCAGAUUCGUUCAAGAGAGUGAAGCCGUCUUACGAGGAGAUUCACAUACCUGCUCCCUCACCUCCUUCAGAAAAGUUUGAACCAGUGCCUAUAACUGCUCUUCCUACGUGGGCCCGUGUAGCCUUUCCUGCCAACGAGACCACUUAUUUCAAUAGGGUUCAGUCAGAGGUAUUUUCCUCAGCAUUUGGAAACGAUGAGAACAUGCUAGUUUGUGCGCCGACGGGUGCAGGCAAAACAAAUAUAGCAAUGCUUGCAAUCCUGAGAGCCCUAUCACACCACCGCAACUCAAACCAGGGCACCUUUAAUUUGAAGAAUUUCAAAGUGGUCUAUAUAGCUCCUCUGAAGGCCCUGGUACAAGAACAAGUGAGAGAGCUUCAAAGAAGACUCACUUCUUUUGGCAUAAUAGUGGGGGAACUUACAGGGGACUCAAAUUUGACUAGCCAUCAAAUUGCCGAAUCUACUGUAUUGGUGAGCACUCCAGAAAAAUGGGAUAUAAUUACGCGAAAAAAGUCUGACAGCAGUGUUGCUAACCUUGUUGCGCUACUCAUCAUUGAUGAAGUUCACCUUUUGCACGAUGAGAGAGGUCCUGUAAUAGAAACAAUUGUUGCCAGGAUACUUCGUAAUCCUGAUACAAGAGACAGAACAAGGAUUGUGGCAUUAUCGGCAACCUUACCUAAUUACGCCGAUGUAGGGCGCUUUCUUCGAUUGAGAAAGGAAAACUUAUUCUUUUUUGAUUCCUCUUACAGGCCAUGCCCUCUAGCCCAGCAGUUCUGUGGCAUUACGGAGUCGAACGGAAUCAAGAAAGUCAAUGCAAUGAAUCAAGCCUGCUAUGAUAAGCUUUUAGAGGUCGUGAAAGAAGGCCAUCAAGUGAUUGUGUUUGUUCACUCCCGUAAAGAUACUGUAAGGACGGCUUUAUGGCUAAAAAAUAAGUUACUAGACGAAGAGAACCUGAAGUACUUUGUCAAGUCAGAACCAGGAUCAAGGGAAAUAGUUCAAAGAGAAGCCGAAACUGUUUCUGACACUUCUUUAGCGGAACUACUACAGCACGGGUUCGGUGUCCAUCAUGCAGGGUUAAGUAAGUCCGAUAGGUCUCUUUCAGAAGACCUUUUCGCGGACGGUCUUUUGUCCGUGCUUGUAUCCACUGCUACACUAGCCUGGGGUGUAAACCUACCGGCCCACGCAGUAAUUAUUAAGGGUACUGACGUCUACUCCCCAGAGAAAGGAACGUGGACAAAGCUAUCUCCUCAGGAUGUACUACAAAUGCUUGGAAGGGCCGGUAGGCCGCGUUAUGAUACGUACGGGGAAGGCAUAAUCAUCACCCAACAAUCAAGUAUACAGUAUUACCUUGCAAUGCUCAAUCACCAACUGCCCAUAGAAUCGCAGCUUAUCGCUAACCUUUCGGACAUAAUCAAUUCAGAAAUAGUCCUGGGCAAUCUGAAGACUAGGAACAAUGCGGUAGAUUGGCUUGGCUUCACCUAUUUCUUCGUUAGAGUCCUAGAAAACCCCGAGCUUUACAAAGUUCCCGAAAAUCUCAUCGAAGAAAAGUUAUUGGUCAAGUACCGCGAAGCGCUAGCCCACUCUGCCCUACAAACUUUGCACAACCAUGGCUUGGUGGUGUACGAUUCCAAAGCUGGUGCUGUUCGUCCCACUGAGCUGGGGAAGAUUGCGUCAUUGUUCUACAUCAAAUAUCAUUCUAUUUCGAUGUAUAACCAAAUGAUCAACGAGAACCUAACGUCGAUUGAAUUAUUACGAAUAUUUUCCAAGUCCGAUGAAUUCAAAUACAUUCCAGUUAGACAGGAAGAGAAGAUGGAGCUUCAAAAACUGUUAGACAAAGCUCCGAUACCAAUCCAAGAGUCCGCAGACAGUCCUCUCUCGAAAAUUAACAUAUUAUUACAAUCGUACAUCUCUCGAACAAGGCUAGAUGGCUUUGCUUUGAAGUCAGAUAUGGUAUACAUAACGCAAAGUGCCGGACGUCUUACUCGAGCUCUGUAUGAAUUGAGUUUAAAAAGAAACUUACCAAAAAUCGCCAAGAUGCUUCUGAAUCUUUCAAAGUCGAUUGAGAAAAGGAUGUGGAUUACUAAUUCUGCUUUGAGACAGUUCAAGAACUGUCCACAGGAGGUAAUUCGACACACAGAGGCAUCCUUUCUACCCUGGAAUGAUUACUUCGAGUUAACGUCUCCUCGUGAGGUAGGUGAGGCAAUAAGAUCAGAGAAAAAUGGUAAACUUGUAUAUGACUUAUUGAAAAGGUUCCCUAGACUGGAAGUGAACUGCUCAGUUCAACCCUUGACUCCAAGUCUUCUUCACUUUGAUUUGGAGAUUAUGCCCAAUUGGAUCUGGGACCAACAAAUUCACGGUAUAAGUGAGAGAUUCAUCUUGAUGGUCGAAGAUGAAAUGGGCGAUAAGUUGCUAUACGACGAUAGCCUAACGGUACAUCACAGAUUUAUUAAUAAAGAACAUUUUUUGGAUUUCAACAUCUUCCUAAGUCCAUCGCAACAAGAAUCCCUUCCUUCUAACUUCUUUGUGAGUCUUACUUCUGAGAAAUGGAUUCAUAGCGGAGUAAAGGUACCUGUUUUACUGGAAGAUAUCAGAUUACCCAAAAGAUUUCCCGCCCCGACUGCUCUGUCUGAUCUACAAACCAUCACCACACUGGAUGCCAAAAUGGAUGAAUUUUCAGAAGCUUUGCCGUUCACCCAGUUUAGCAGAAUUCAAAGUCAGGUGUUACCAACCGUCUUUGAUUCUAAUGAAAAUGUUUUCAUUGGGACAGCUGCAGGUAGUGAUAAACUUACCAUUGCCGAGCUGGCAUUAUUCAACUUGUGGCGUCAAGCUGGCGGUCGCUCGGUAUAUGUUUGUCCCUCCCAGUAUAAAAUCGAUAGCAUUUACGAAGACUGGAGUGAACGACUGGGCAGCUUAGCGGGAGGCAAGACCAUCAACAAAUUCCUUGACGACAACUUAGCUAAUGUGAAACUGCUAGCAAAAAGUCACUUGAUUCUUUGCACACCCCAGCAAUUCGACUUUGUAUCCCGUAAAUGGAAACAGAGAAAAAAUGUGCAAAACAUUUCACUACUAAUACUUGAUGACGUCCAUAUGGUUGGCAACGGUAUUGCUGGGGCUGUCUACGAGAACAUUAUAUCCAGAAUGAACUUCAUCUCGGCUCAGCUCGAGACGGAUCUUCGGGUCGUUGGACUUUCUAAUUCGGUAGCAAAUAGCAGGGAAUUCGGCGAAUGGAUGAGGGUGGAGAAGGAUAAUAUUUACAAUUUUUCACCUCUCGAUCGUGAACGCCCAUUACAAGUAAAACUACAAGUAUCCGACACUCCUGCUGGUUCCCGUGCUAACCUAUUACAUGAUUUGCUUCCAAACUUAGAGGAAUGCUUUUCUCAUAGCCAAGAAUCUAAGAGCAUGAUUUUAUUUGUUUCAUCUAGGAGUGAGGCGAUCAAAGUCUUGACCGAUACCGUCAGAUAUUGUGCUAAUGGGUCUUUACCAGUAGAACCUCACAACAAAGAAAUUGUCGAUAGUCUGAGCUCUUUUACAGCUACCCUUCCAAAAGAGGCUUUUCGUCUAAAAAUGGGAAUGUUGCAUUUGGACAUGAGCCAAGCAGAUCAACUUUUGACGAGGAAACUUUUUAGUCAAGGACACUUGAGACUUAUUAUCGUCUCUCGAGAAGUAGAGGUUGUGGGACUAAAAUCUAACACGGUUGUUUUAUUGGGUACCCAGUUCUACGAGGGGAGGGAGCAUCGUUAUGUUGAUUAUUCGGUUAACGAAAUUCAUAAAAUGUUGAGCAUUGCCACUUUGAGCGUAACUCACAACGAGGCACUGAUAUUAACGACAUUAAGAAUGAAGGAGUACUAUAAAAAAUUUCUAAUGGAGCCACUCCCCGUCGAGAGCUUUUUGUAUUAUCAAUUGCCUGAUUUAAUUUCGAAUGAAGUAAGCACGGGUGUCAUCGAAAGUAAACAAGAUUGCCUUGACUGGUUGACGUACAGCCUUUUCUACAGGAGAAUUCAUGGGAAUCCGAGCUAUUACGGUGUGAAGGAAGUAUCAUCUAUGGGGAUAUCUGCGUAUUUAACGGAAGUUAUCGAAGAAGCAGUCAAGGAAUUGGUCGAAAUCUCGAUGAUUGAAGCGGAAGAUGAUCAAGACGACGAGGAUAACCAUAAUGAACACCACGAUUCAAGGCUUGUUCCUUUGAAUGGCUGCCUGAUCAGUGCUCAUCACAAUGUUUCAUUCACCAGUAUGCAAAUUUUUCAUCGGAUGUUGUCAAAGACCUCUGGCCUGAGGAGUAUGUUAGAGGCUUUAUCAAGCGCACUGGGUGAAGGUUCGCUCACUGUGCGUCAGUCUGACGGCGAUAUACUAAAAGCCUUAUACGCCAAGGUCCCCUUAAAGGUCGUUCAGCUUACAGACUUCGAGUCUUCUGCAUUCAAGGCAUUUAUUCUGCUACAAUCAUACUUCACCAGAUUCUCGCUAAAAAAUGAUCUAAAAGCAGAUCUACUGCUUAUUCUAAAAGAUGCCCUUCCGCUAGUAAAUUCCAUGGUUGAUUUCUUAGCCGGGGAGGGGCACUUAAAUGCUACCAUCGCCAUGGACAUGUCUCAGAUGUUGGUGCAGGGUAUGUGGGAUACGGAUAGCCCGCUUUUGCAAGUUCCAUACUUCACCCAAGGUGAUAUUGAAAAGUGCAAACUGAAGAACGUUGAAACAGUUUAUGAUAUCAUGGCACUUGAAGAUGAUGAGCGCGACGAGUUGCUGACAUUCAGCAUGGAUGAGUUGACAUCCAUCGCAAAUUUCGUCAACAAGUAUCCAAACAUUGAACUAACGUACUCUGUAGAAGGCUCUGGCCCUUACGCUUCAGGUGCACCUCUUGAAAUUACUGUAACAUUGACUAGAGAUGAAGAGCCUGAGGAUCUCCAGGUGGUCGCAGGAAGAUUUCCCUCCACAAGGUAUGAGGGCUGGUGGAUCAUUGCAGGUGUGCGAGAGACGAAAGAACUCUACGCUAUAAAGAAGGUUUCUCUAGGUAAAGAGACUCAAGCUUUUAAUCUCGAAGUCUCGCUGGAGAAAGGAAGUCACCAGGUAACCCUGUGGUGUUUAAGCGAUUCAUAUGUGGAUGCAGACAAGGAAGUAUCCUUUGAACUUAAUGUGAUUUAG